AUUCUAUUGAUUUUGGCGAGAUCAUACAUUUUCGUAUGAUUUUAGCGUUUCGGAUAAUCUCAGUAUCGCAUAAUGCGGGGCCAGUUUAGUUGGCUUUUAUCAUUUGCUAUCGCGUUACCCAUCAUCGAGUCGUACACAUUAGAUCUCUCCACCCUAAAAAACAUACAUGGAGAAGUGAUAACACACUUGUGCGAAAUUCCCUUGUUAGCGGUUUCGUCCGAGGAGUUAGCUACCCCGUUUUACUUCUUUUCUCUCGAAAAGGGAGGCCGAAUUUUCGGAUAUGCAAAGAUAACGUCUGCAGGAAAGCUGGAUGACGGUCUAAUUAUUCCCGAUGACGAUGGUACAAACACCCAGACCUCGGAGGAUACGGCAAGGGAAAAAUCACGACAAAGGCCAAAGGCCUUUGACUUUUCUUGGAGAACAGUAAAGGGGAGAAAGUAUGGAAAUCAUCAUAACUGGGUCCAUCUAUUGGCUACCAUCUUUGGAAGUGAUAAGGAGGAAAAUGUGAUAGAGGAUGAUGACCAAGAUUCGACCGUGGAUAAUUUAUACCUGAUUCUCUUUUCUCAGGCCCAGUGGGAACUCUAUCUAUCCACCUCUCCACUCUCUAAAGUACAACCAUCAAAAAACAAGAGGGGAUUUGUAUAUUAUAGUAACAUGAUCUCAAGUAUGAGAAUACCUCUCACAAAAGUUGGAGAUACAGUAAGCUUUGGAUUUGAGGCACCAGAGCCUAAUAGAUAUGUACUCGUACUCUUUAAUACUGACCAACGGAAAUUAUCCUUCGAAGGCUAUAUAAGAUUUAUUAAUCCAAAGAGUUUGCAUUUACCAAUUGAAUUGGCCUAUCAUUUUGAUGUUUUAAAGUUUUGGACAUUGAUAUUCCUCUCGGCAUCAAUAAUAUCUCUCUUUUAUUUGUUUGCUAUUAGGAGUUUCAGACCUAAAUCGAUUAAUUACCUCCUGGCUUUAAACUUUUUGUUUUAUUCCACAUUUCUUUUCUUGGACAUGCUAAUGGUAAACUCAAUACGAGAAACAGGAAAUUACACAAAACCUAUUUGGGCACUUGCGCACCUACUAAAGAGAUUCCAUGAAAUAUUUAUUCUACUUAUUUUGGUACUGGUGGCUCUGGGAUGGAAAAUCAUGAGAGAGUCACUAAGUGUAGUAGAAUCGCAGCUGAUAACUUCAAUCUCGGCAGUAUCUGUAUUAAUGGGUUUUGUGGAGGUACUCAUUAGUGGGUUUGAUGUAUCUCGCUACUUAGUACAUGCAAUAGCAUGUAUAUGCAUUUUGGUUGCAACAAAUUUUAAUAUUGUUAUCAUUAAUUCCAGAAUUUCAGAUGACGGACUCUCACCUUAUGCUGGAUCAGCAUAUUCUAAUAUGAAGAAGUAUAACAACUUCAGAAUCAUUUUUUUCACCUACAUUUUAAAACCUGCCAUCUUUUCUUCAAUUCGGUUCAUUUGCCUACAACCUUCGAUCAAUCAAAUGAUUAUCUGGGAUGAACACCUGAAUUUGUUCUUGGGAGUAUGCUUUGACUUUGUCACCUACCUCUUUUUAUUCAUAAACUUUCUCCCUCGCACAAAUAAAGGAUUGUUUGGGCAUCUUUUCCAGAGCCAGCAACCUCCAGCUCACCAACAUUAA